AUAACGAGCUUGACUGAUAAGUGAAAGCAGUCAGUCAGUCAGACAGUACGUUUAUCAACGCAGUCGUUCAACUUUUCUCGAUAGAAACGAAGAGAAAAUUCGUAGCUCCUUUCUAAAUGGAAGUUUCAUUAAAUGUAAAUCAAAGUGUUGAGAAGGAAAACGGGAGCAGUUCGUUGAAAUUACAUAAUUGUCUACUAUCCGAUAGACGCUAUUUUCUCUAUCAUUGCAUCAGAAACAAUUUGUCGAAGAAUUUCGAGCAGCUUGACCAAGAAACAUAGAUAUAGUUAGCGUUGGAACGUCGUUGAAAUUCAGAAAAUAAUGCUUCGUGAUAAGUGGAUAAGUCACGCGAGACUAUUGGAAGCAAUUUGAGAACUCUUUCAGUGCCAUUAGCACGUUACGAAUUCUAUAAGAAAGGCGAUCAUUUCGCGUCAUUUCUGCACAUUUUUCACGACCUCAGCAGUCGUGAAAUCUUGAUGAGGAAUCAAAAGUGCAAGUAGUAUUAAACGCAGGCUUACGUAUCGCACGCAACGAUGAUCACGUGAAACGAUCCAUCCAGAGUGAUCUCUUAGCAAUCACAAAACAAACAGCAGUUAUGAAACAACAGGUAAAUGGAAGAACAUCAUCCGAGAGCAAAUAUAAUUUCCACAUGAGAGAUAGUAACAAAGAAUGUUUAAAAAAUGGUGAUAGCGAGAUGACCCACAGGAAAUGGAGGAAGUACUUCGAAUGGGUGGACAAGGUGUCGGUGGAACCAACUAUGUGGUUGUAUAUGAUGGCGUUCAUGAUUACUUCGGUAGUGGAACAAGCAUUCUUCGUUUACAAAUCCUGUCGCGUUGAUCAUGGUUACUCCGAGGAGGUCUGUGCAAGAUUGAACGACAACGAGACUAUCAAAGCCAAAGUGCAGGUGACCGUGUCGGAGUUCCACCAAUGGAACAACAUAGCCGGCCACGUGGUCCCUAUAAUACUGGCUCUGUUUUUUGGGAACUGGAGCGAUCGGCGUGGACGAAAACUGCCAAUGAUUCUAGGCUUGCUGGGCAAGUUCGUUUAUUCCUUUAUGGUGGUAAUCAAUUCCAUGGUGGAUAGCUGGAAUCUAAACACCGUGGUGUACACUGCUAGCCUCCCUAUGGGGAUGCUGGGCGGUGAUGUAGCUAUUUUCGGUAGCUGUUUUGCUUACAUAUCGGAUAUAUCCUCGGUUCAACAGAGAACCCUUAGGAUCACCAUUUUGGACAUCGUAUAUCUCAGCACUAUGCCAACAGGUGUGGCUCUAGGUUCCUACCUGUACACGAAGGUGGCUAACUCGUCCUACUCGAUUAUGUUUACAAUCAACGCGAGCCUGUUAGCUCUAGCAAUCAUCUACUCGAUAAUUAGACUGAAAUGGCAAACGUUGCCUCAGCAGCAGCCUCUUUCAGGAACCAAUUUGUUGACAGACUUCUUCGAUAAGAAACACGUCGUGGCGACGAUGAAGACUAUGACCAGGCGGAGGCCAAAUCAUGGGAAGCUUCGUCUGUGGCUUCUCUUAACUAUCAUGAUGCUGUACACGUUCCAAAGGGACGAGAAACCCAUGAGCUUUUUGUACACUCAGCUGAAGUUCAAGUGGGACGUGGCGAAAUUCAGCGAUUUUAAGACAUUCCAGUCUACCACCUUCGUGCUAGCAAUGUUAAUUGGGGUACCAGUGAUGAGCAAAUUAAUGGGGAUAAAGGACACCAUAAUUGUGGCAAUUGGAGCCAUUGCUCAUGCAGCAGGAAGGGUCUUAUUUGUUUUAGCUAAUGUACCAGAACUGUUUUACGUUGGUGCUGCUGUGGCUGCAUUGGGUCCAGUUGUGGCUCCAGUAUUAAGGUCGAUGACCUCAAAACUGGUCCCUGUUGAAGAAAGAGGCAAAGUAUUCGCUAUGUUAUCAGUAUGUGACAACGCUGUACCUUUAUUCAGUGGAAUUUUAUACUCCCAACUUUAUAACGCGACGAUAAACACAGCACCAAGUUCCAUUUAUUGGCUCACAUUCUUUACUCAAAUAUUGGUGCUGCUUCUCAUCUUAAUAAUUCAUUUUUUUAUGAGAAACGAUCUCCAAUUGGAGGAGCAGGAAUUCACGAACACAGAAACUGACUGCCGGUCACUGUCUUCCACAGUGGAAACUGAUAAAUCAAACAGUAAUGAAGAAAAAUACUAAGUUUUAUAGUAGUAUAAAUUAUAUGGGCAUCCUUUGAGGAACAGUGGCCAAUCAGAACGCGCAGAAUUCGCGGGCUCAGACGCGAUGGGUUUUCUCGCGCAUGCGCGGCGAUUUUAGCAUUAGUAUAGUAGAAGUUUCAAUAAAAUGGGGUACCUUAAUCACCCUGCAUAAUUUUGCAAAAAUUGUUAUAAUCUGAUUGUGAAGAAUUCAUAGUUUUCCUUUUCGGGGGUAUAGGAAAGGGAUGAGUACUAAAAUAAUUGUAAAUAAAAACUGACUAGUGACUAGGGCCUAGUCCGUAGUUGCGGCACCACAUAGACACGUCCCUGUAAAACUCGCGCCUGACACUACGGCGGCUGCGCAUGCGCGCCAUCCGCAUAUGUGCUAUGCGCAUGCGCAUUUUCCUCACUCGGUGUCUUUUUUUUAAAUAAUUCCAAAACUAAGCCUUGACAAGUAUUUCAAUAAAGGAAAAAGUUGUUCAGAAUCAUGCCAGCUACCACCCCUUCAAGGGAUGUCCACCCCCUUAAAGGAUUACAAUAGUUUUAAGACGCUCGUUUAUAAGGCGAAAUACCAGGCUGUAUUUUACCUAGAUUUAUCGUGUUGGAAAGAAACUUAUUGUUAUAUUUUGUAUAAUAUACAAUAAUCCUUCAAUUUUCCUUUUAAUUUCAAACAAUUCCUAUCUAACAAUCCUGUAUGAAAAUUUCAUAUUCUGAAUUAAUGAUCCAUCAGAAAAGUUGCCAAAAAACAAAUAUAUAUAGCAAUUAUUCUGUAACUCUAAAUAAAGCACCAGUGACGUAAACUAUAA